CCCCUGCGGUCCAGAGAAAGCGCGGGUGAGAGAUGGAAUGAUCCGCUGGGUGCGAACCUGGGAUGGGAUUCGGAAACCGGGAGCCUCAAAAGGAUGGACAGCCCAGCCAUCCGCAUCCCGGAGUGGGGUGCAGGGAGCAGAGUGAAAUCUGAGAAUAGAGGCCGGGAAGUAAAUGACUUUGCUGCAUUAGAGACAUCUGCUUGUAAAGCAAAGGUACCCACGAAACUAUGGAUGAUACAAGAACUUCACUUGAUGUUAAAGAGUACCCCGAUACUGAGGUACAGAAAAACCGAAUACUAACUCUGGAAGAAUGGCAAGAAAAGUGGGUGGAGCGCAAAAUUACAUUUCAUCAAGAACAAGGACACCAGCUAUUAAAGAAGCAUUUGGAUGCUUUCCUUAAAGGCGAGAGUGGACUGAGGGUAUUUUUCCCUCUUUGUGGGAAAGCAGUUGAGAUGAGAUGGUUUGCAGAUCGGGGACACAGUGUAGUCGGUGUGGAAAUCAGUGAACUUGGGAUACGCGAAUUUUUUACGGAGCAGAAUCUUUCUUACUCAGAAGAACCAAUCAAGGAAAUUCCUGGAGCCAAAGUAUUCAAGAGUUCUUCGGGGAACAUCUCAUUGUACUGUUGCAACCUUUUUGAUCUUCCCAGAGCAAAUAUUGGCAAAUUUGACAGGAUUUGGGAUAGAGGAGCAUUCGUUGCUAUUAACCCAGGUGAUCGUAAACGCUAUGCAGAUAUAAUGCUGUCCCUAAUGAGAAAAGGGUUCCACUACCUCUUGAGUGUUUUUUCUUAUGAUCCAACUAAAUAUGCAGGACCACCAUUUUAUGUAUCAGAUGAUGAAAUUAAAAGACUAUUUGGUUCAGUGUGCACUUGUCAGUGUCUUGAGAAAGUAGAUGCAUUUGAAGAACGACAUAAAAGUUGGGGGAUUGAUUACCUUGUUGAAAAGUUAUAUCUACUUACAGAAAAGUAAAUGAGACAUAAAUAAACGCAAGUAACAUCAAGUUUUAGAGCAAUUGAAAAUUAUGCUAAGGCAUGAAAAUACACACAGUAAUGUGUGUAACAUUUUAGAAAAAACAAUAACAACAACAAUCACAUACUAAAAUGUUAAAGUAGCUACCUUUGGAAAGGGGUGUAUGAUUGGGGAGCGGGGGUGAAAGAUUAUACCUGUGUGUUUUACUUACAAAUUGAAGGAUUUUUUAACAAUCACCAUGUAUUACCUCUAUAAUUAAAAAAUAAA